GUGUGCGCGCGCGUGCGUGUGUGUGUGUGUGUGUGUGCGUGUGUGUGUGUGUGUGUGUGUGCGCGCGCGCGCUGCAUCCACGUUCCUAUACCUUUAUACCUUAUACCUUUCCCCUCAACCACGCUUUAAUCCAAGCUCCCAACGCCCAACCUUCUGGAUCCUCUGCACUGUAGGAAUCCCGCUGAAGCCAGUUAUGGCUCUCAGACAAAGCCAGGGUUCCGGGGAAGUUCCUGAUCAUACACAAUGUGUCUCAUCUCUACCAGAGCAGACAGCUAAACACUUCAGAGACGGAGGGGAUCCUGAAGAACAUCAUAGUAGUAACACAGAAAGCCAGUCAAGCACACCAGUCCCAGCUAGCUUUUGUCCCAUUGAUGGCUCUGUCUCAGGGGAAGAUUUCGAUCAUAGGGAUAGCUUUAUCCAUCAUGACAGCAUGGAGGAAGACUCACUGUCUGAAUAUGAUAAUGUGGGCUCAGAGGAGGAAGAAGAGCAUGACUAUGAGGAAGAUGAGGAACUGCGUACAGAUGCAGAUGGGAUGACUUACUAUGUUCACUGUUGCCCUGAAGAUGAAAGCUAUUUGGAAGGAAUAGACUGUCACGUGGGUACUGAAAGUAAUAAUAGACCAAGUACUUCCAGAGAACCAGAUACUCAAGGAAAUUCAGGAGAUACCUGGGAAUUCUCUGAGGGGUUUUAUGAAGUGAUCCAGCAAGGUACAGAGGAGCUAGUCCACAAAUGUCCCGAGCCUAUUACAAAGUCUACUUUCAUUCAGGCUCCCAUGGCUGAGGAUGAAGAAGACGAAGAAGAAGACGCAGAUGAUGUAGACGAAGAAGACAACGAUGAUGAUGAUGAUGCAGUGGAGGAAGAUGAAACAUAUUUUGAUUAUGAACAAGAGAAGGCAGGAGGAAAUCAGGAUGAAAAUGUCUAUAAAGGACAAUGUGAUUUAGAGGAGGACAGUAAAAAUCCAAUCCAGGGUUCAAAUUACAGUAACGGACUGAUUAGAGCAGAAGCGGACUUAAGUAGAGAUUACAGAGUGGAUAAAAGCAUCCCAGAGAAGUGUAAGGGUGAUGCUCAGAGGUCAUUAACUGGUCACAGAGAAAGUAAUAAAAAGAGCAAUAGUGAAGUUAAAGUUGAUUAUUCAGGAAACGAAUUGGGCAGGGUAGAUAAAACCUCAAAACCAGGGUCGAUAUUCAGAGGGCAUCAGAUUUGUAAGGAGGACAGAGGCAGCAGAAACUGCAGGCUUAAUGCUAUGACCAAACCUGAAGACACUGAGAAUAGAGAUUUUAAAAAGAGACAUUCGUACAGAGAUGAUGGACGAGAAGAAAGAGAAGACAGGUGUUCACAUGUGGGGAGUAACAGUCCUGAAGGUAGUAUAGGCAAGGGACAUGGAUGUCCUCAUAGCUAUAGAGCAAAGAGCAGAAGGGAUAGGGAAUGGUCAGUGGACACAGACAAGGAUAUGAAUCAGAUUGUAAAUGAAGUAAAAACAAAAAUGAACGUAGGACCUCAGAGCACGGGGACAGAUAGGAGUAUAGCUAAGAAGUCAUGUGAUGACAAAAGGAUUUCAGAAAAUUCACAAGUAUCACUGCAGAAAAACCAGACCAGUCCCCGUAAAGAAGACAACAAAGGCCAGGCAACUCAAAGCAGCCCACAGCACUGCACAGUGAAUCCACAGUCUGAAACGAACACGUCGGCAAGCAACCAUAAUCAGCAAGGAAAGAGAAAUCACUCUUUCCCAAGCUUUGUGGAUGUCCCAGGCCCAUGUGAACCGGAGGACCUCAUCGACGGGAUCAUCUUUGCCGCUAACUACCUCGGGUCCACUCAACUUUUCUCAGACAGAAACCCGUCCAAGAGUGUACGAAUGAUGCAAGCUCAGGAAGCUGUGGACAAAGUAAAGUGUGUGGAUAAAGAGAGCCAGAGCCCGAUUGAGGUUGACCUCUUCAUUUCAACAAAGGCCAUCAAAGUGCUCAAUGCUGACACGCAGGAAACAAUGGUAGACGACGCUCUUCGGACCAUCUCCUACAUAGCAGACAUUGGAAGCGUGGUUGUCUUGAUGGCUCGCAGGCGAGUGUCGCAGUCUGCUGCACUCGACUGUAAUGAAACCAGCCUGAACUCUGCAGAGGGCAGGAAGCAGUACCGAAUGAUCUGUUACGUCUUUGAGUCUGAGGAUGCCCAGCUCAUUGCACAGUCCAUUGGGCAGGCGUUUAGCAUGGCCUACCAAGAAUUUCUGAGAGCAAAUGGGAUCAACCCUAAGGAUCUCAGCCAGAAAGACUACAGUGAUAUUCUUAAUUCACAAGAGAUGUACAACGAUGAUCUCAUCCACUUUUCAAACUCUGAGAACUGUAAAGAGCUGCACCUGGAAAAGCAGAAAGGAGAGAUUCUUGGGGUUGUGAUAGUGGAGUCUGGCUGGGGGUCUAUCCUACCCACAGUUAUCUUGGCUUGCAUGCUGAACAGUGGGCCAGCUGCACGUUCAGGGAAGCUCAACGUGGGCGAUCAGAUAAUGGCUGUCAAUGACACGAGUCUGGUGGGCUUGCCGCUAGCCACAUGCCAGGGCAUCAUCAAGGGCUUGAAGAAUCAGUUACAGGUAAAGCUGAGUGUAGUAAGCUGUCCUCCUGUGACCAUGGUGCUAAUAAAGAGACCAGAUCUGCAGUACCCUUUAGGCUUCAGUGUACAGAAUGGCAUAAUCUGCAGCCUGAUGCGAGGUGGAAUUGCAGAACGAGGAGGAGUGCGCGUGGGUCAUAGAAUAAUUGAAAUAAAUGGACAGAGUGUAGUUGCCAUGGCACAUGAGAAAAUUGUCCAUGCCCUAUCGGUGUCUGUCGGAGAGAUUCAUAUGAAAACGAUGCCAGCUGUGAUGUUCAGACUGCUAACUGGACAGGAAACGCCAAUGUACAUCUAACGGCAAUGCCGGUGCUCUGGAAGCUCUGUAAUGCUCUGCCCUGCCUGUGCUACUCAAAACAAAUCUAGAAUAAGGAAUUCUUUGCCUUGUCACCCUGGAGGAACUCCUAAAGGUUUUAUGUAGAACCCUACUGUAUACCAGAGUGUUUCCCUACCCUUCCAAGUAGAAAACUAAAAUUCCUCCAAAACCUUUUUUUCCCUCACGUGUAGAUUUAACCUCUCUUACAAUCUGUUCUGUGAACACAGCAUCAUUGUUGUGCAUUCUGCUAAUAUACUAAUUCAGUCUCAGUACAUUCAAUAGAGAAACUGACAUCAGGCCUAAUCCUUAUUUAAUCGUGCUCUCCUGUGCAUUUACAGUGUGUAUGCUUCGUCAUAAAAAGAGAACACUAAGGGCAAGCUAUUUUUAAUGCUCACGUUGGGGCAAGGUUUAUGUUGUAGUGUUAAAUAAGGUGUUUAGGUCUAACACUGACAAAAAAAAUACAAGAAUCUCAGAAUAAAUUGGUCUUGCAAGGCUCAAAAGAC